AUGAAGGCAAUUUCAUUUUAAGGCAACAUAUCGAUUGAAGAUUUAUCCAAUAAGAGAAUCAAUCUAGACACAUAAUUAAAGCUUUCUGAUGAUUAAUAUGUUCGCAACAUUCUACCUUUGAGAAUUCAAAAUUUUGAAAUUAAACGAUUAGAAUGGAAGGAUUUUAUUGGUAAGCCAGACGAUGAAUCCCCUUGGAUUGCACAUUGUUAUUGGAACAAUUCUUAUGAAUACUACUUUUCUCAAGAUAGGGAAUCGGUGAAUUACAGAGAAUAAUCUCCAUUGCGUUUACCAAGAAUACCAUUGCAAUAAAUUAAUCAAGUUAAUUACUUAAAUGUCAAAACUGAAACUGUUAGGACAACAAGUGUUAAUAAAAUCAAAAGAUUGCCUACACCAACAAUUAGUUCAUCGCCUUAAAGAGCUGUUAACAGAAGUAAUUCAAGCUCUGCUCUUAGAAAACAAUCACCAAGUGUUCAAAAAAUCAAAUUACAUGUGAAAUGUAAGUUUCUUGAAAAGUCUUGGGCUAAAUCGAAGAAGGAUGAUCUAUUAUUAGAACAUGAGACAGGGCAUUAUUUAAUCGGUUGUCUUUCAGCUUUAGAAUUUAAACGAAAGGUUGAAUCUUCGGAUGUGAUGAGAAAUAAUAAUCAUCAAUAAUAAAUAAGGAACAUUUUUAAACAGAAUUUAAGGGAAUACAUACAAAUUGAAAAAGAUUAUGACGAAGAAACAAAUCAUUAUAAGGAUGUUGAAAAAUAAAAAAUGUGGAAUAGAAAAUUAAAAGAAUAAUUACUACUUUAUGAAUAUUAUUUUAAUCAUUGA